AUGGGGACAACUCUUUUAAGUACUGCAGUUGCUAGUGCAAGUGAAAAUCAUCGGGACAGAAAACAGGAAGUGAAUUAUUUGAGGACUGGGAUAAACUUAGCCACUAGCCAACCAGUCAUCUGCCAACCCAUCAUCUGCCAAUCAGUCCUCAGCCAACCCAUCCUCAGCCAACCAGGCAUGAAUCAACUGGGCAUGAACCAACCAGACACGAGGCUACCAGGCAUGAACCAACCAAGCAUGAACCAACCAAGCGUGAGCCAACCAGGCAUGAGCCGACCAGGCAUGAGUCGACCAGGCAUGAGCCGACCAGGCAUGAGCCAACCAGGCAUGAGCCAACCAGGCAUGAGCCAACCAUGCAUAAGCCAAGUAGCUCUGAGCCAACCAAGCAUAUGGCAAUCAGGCAUGAGACAAUCAGGCUGGAGCCAACCAAGCCGGAGCCACUUAGUCAGAAGUUAUCCAGACCCAAGUCAAUCAAGGUUGAGCCAAUCAGGUGUAAGCCAACCAGGAAGGAACCAAUCAGGCACAAGGCAACCAAGCACGAAUUCUUUCCGAAUAAGACCUGCGGAGGCUCAAGACUGCCCAGAAAUUCUGCGCCUGAUUAAAGAAUUGGCUGCUUGUGAAAACAUGCUAGAUGCUGUGAAGUUAACAGCAACAGAUUUACUCAGGGAUGGCUUUGGGGACAAUCCUCUUUUCUACUGCCUGAUUGCAGAAGUACACAAUCAACAAAAACCAUCAGGCAAAGUGACCGCUGGAUUUGCCAUGUACUACUUUACAUAUGAUCCCUGGAUUGGCAAGUUACUUUACCUGGAGGACUUUUAUGUCAUACAAGCUUACAGAGGUCUAGGUAUUGGAGCUGAAAUGCUGAAAAGGCUAAGUCAGAUAGCCAUCAGAAGCCAAUGUAACUGCAUGCACUUUCUUGUCGUCGUUUGGAACCAGGUUUCUUUUGACUACUACACUCGUCGUGGGGCUUUAGACCUUUCCUCUGAGGAGGGUUGGCAUCUAUUUAGGUUUAACAAAAAAGAACUCAUGGACAUGGCAGGCGAAGAAUGA